GCUCCGCGGCCCGAAGGAAAUCGGGAGGGGGAGGGAAAGCAAGGCCCAGACCCAGGAGCGAGAGGCGGCCGAGGGGCUGGUCCAGGCGCGGCCGCUAAGAGGAGACCAAGAGGCGGGGGCUGCACUUGACAACCAGCAUGCCGAGAUGUCAGAAGAGGCAGAAGUGGAUGUGAGAGAAAGAGAGACACUGAGAGACAGAGAGCCAAAGAGGGCAAGAGACUUGACUUUAAGAGACUCCUGUACUGACAACUCCAUGCAGUUCGGAACCAGAACGACUACGGCUGAACCAGGGUUCAUGGGGACAUGGCAAAACGCUGAUACUAACCUCUUAUUCAGAAUGUCCCAACAGGUUCCAGUGGCAUGUGCUGGCAGAGUGCUGGGUGCAGACUUUUGCCCAAACCUGGAGGAGCCAGACCAGAGGCUGGAAGUCCAGCAUAGAAGAAAAUCACAGUUGAAGAUAAUAGACAAUGAUAAACUGUUCAGACUGUUCAUUCUCAAACACAAGAUGAUGAUCAUAAUGAAAGUGGCCAUCCGCUGCACACUGGUGAACUGCACGUGUGAGUGUUUUCAGCCGGGGAAGAUUAACUUGAGGACUUGCGAUCAGUGUAAACAUGGCUGGGUGGCACACGCCUUGGAUAAGCUCAGCACACAGCACCUGUACCACCCCACCCAAGUGGAGAUUGUGCAGUCCAACGUGGUGUUUGACAUCAGCAGCCUGAUGCUGUACGGGACACAGGCGGUGCCUGUGCGGCUAAAGAUCCUGCUGGACCGACUCUUCAGUGUCCUGAAGCAAGAGGAGGUGCUACACAUCCUGCACGGCCUGGGCUGGACUCUGCGCGACUAUGUCCGGGGGUACAUCCUUCAGGAUGCUGCCGGCAAGGUGUUGGACCGCUGGGCCAUCAUGUCUCGAGAAGAGGAAAUCAUCACCCUUCAGCAGUUUUUGCGGUUUGGAGAAACCAAAUCCAUUGUGGAGCUGAUGGCAAUUCAAGAGAAAGAAGGGCAGGCCGUAGCCGUACCAUCUUCAAAGACAGACUCAGACAUAAGGACUUUCAUUGAGAGCAAUAAUCGCACCAGGAGUCCCAGCCUUCUUGCUCACCUAGAGAACAGCAACCCUUCCAGCAUUCAUCACUUCGAAAACAUCCCCAACAGCCUCGCAUUUCUGCUUCCAUUCCAGUACAUAAACCCAGUCUCAGCCCCACUGCUUGGAUUGCCUCCCAAUGGGCUACUCUUGGAGCAACCAGGACUGAGGCUGCGGGAACCGAGCCUUUCAACCCAGAAUGAGUAUAAUGAGAGCAGUGAAUCCGAAGUGUCUCCCACACCUUAUAAGAGUGAUCAGACACCCAAUAGAAAUGCCCUAACCAGCAUCACUAAUGUGGAGCCCAAAACCGAGCCAGCCUGUGUGUCCCCCAUUCAGAAUUCUGCUCCAGUUAGUGAUCUGACCAAAACUGAACACCCAAAAAGCUCAUUCCGGAUUCACCGGAUGAGAAGGAUGGGGUCAGCCUCUCGGAAAGGGAGAGUGUUCUGUAACGCAUGUGGGAAGACAUUCUACGACAAAGGUACUCUCAAAAUUCAUUACAAUGCUGUGCACCUGAAGAUUAAACACCGAUGCACCAUAGAAGGUUGCAAUAUGGUCUUUAGCUCCCUCCGAAGCCGCAAUCGCCACAGUGCAAACCCGAACCCUCGCCUUCACAUGCCUAUGCUACGGAAUAACCGCGACAAAGAUUUGAUUCGGGCUACGUCAGGAGCUGCCACCCCCGUCAUAGCAAGUACAAAAUCAAACCUAACACUCACGAGCCCUGGCCGGCCCCCAAUGGGUUUUACCACUCCCCCACUAGACCCUGUCUUACAGAAUCCUCUCCCUAGCCAGCUGGUAUUUUCUGGGCUAAAGACUGUCCAACCAGUUCCUCCAUUUUAUAGAAGUUUACUCACUCCAGGGGAAAUGGUGAGUCCUCCAACCUCUCUCCCAACCAGUCCCAUCAUUCCAACCAGUGGUACUAUAGAGCAGCACCCCCCACCACCCUCUGAGCCAGCAGCACCCGUCAUGAUGAUGGCCGCUCAUGAGCCCAGUGCCGACCUGGCACCCAAGAAGAAGCCCAGGAAGUCCAGCAUGCCUGUGAAGAUAGAGAAGGAGAUUAUAGACACCGCUGAUGAGUUUGAUGACGAGGAUGAUGACCCCAACGAUGGUGGAGCUGUAGUCAAUGACAUGAGCCACGACAAUCAUUGCCACUCCCAAGAGGAGAUGAGUCCAGGCAUGUCUGUGAAGGACUUUUCCAAGCAUAGCAGGACCCGAUGCAUUUCAAGGACUGAAAUAAGAAGGGCUGACAGCAUGACGUCUGAGGACCAAGAGCCUGAGCGGGACUAUGAGAAUGAGUCUGAGUCCUCAGAGCCCAAACUCGGUGAGGAAUCCAUGGAAGGGGAUGAGCACAUUCACAGUGAAGUGAGCGAAAAGGUCCUGAUGAACAGUGAGAGGCCAGAUGAAAACCACAGUGAGCCCUCUCACCAAGAUGUCAUCAAGGUGAAAGAAGAAUUUACAGAUCCCACUUACGACAUGUUUUACAUGAGCCAGUAUGGACUGUACAAUGGUGGGGGCGCCAGCAUGACUGCCCUGCAUGAAAGUUUCACAUCUUCUCUGAAUUACGGCAGCCCUCAAAAGUUCUCCCCAGAAGGUGAUCUGUGUUCUAGCCCAGACCCCAAAAUCUGUUAUGUGUGCAAGAAGAGUUUCAAAAGCUCCUACAGUGUGAAACUUCACUACAGGAAUGUUCACUUAAAAGAGAUGCAUGUCUGCACCGUGGCUGGCUGCAAUGCUGCCUUCCCCUCUCGCCGAAGCAGAGACAGAAACAGAAAUUUACGGAUGGAAAGAACCAUAGGUCCAGGACUUCGAGACAGCCUGCAUCUCCGUAGACACAGUGCCAACAUAAAUCUGCAUCGUAAACUGUUGACCAAAGAACUCGAUGACAUGGGCCUGGACUCAUCGCAGCCCUCCCUUAGCAAGGACCUCCGGGAUGAAUUUUUGAUGAAGAUCUAUGGUGCCCAGCACCCCAUGGGGCUCGAUGUCAGGGAAGACGCCUCCUCCCCCGCGGGGACAGAAGACUCCCACCUGAACGGGUAUGGCAGAGGCAUGGCGGAGGACUACAUGGUCCUUGACCUGAGCACCACCUCCAGCCUCCAGUCCAGCAGCAGCAUCCAUUCCUCCAGAGAAUCCGAUGCAGGCAGCGACGAGGGGAUUCUUCUCGAUGACAUUGAUGGGGCGAGUGACAGUGGGGAGUCGGCACACAAGGCCGAGGCCCCUGCCCUCCCUGGCAGCCUAGGGGCUGAAGUUUCAGGAUCUCUGAUGUUCAACAGCUUGUCCGGGAGCAAUGGUGGGAUCAUGUGCAACAUUUGCCACAAAAUGUACAGCAACAAGGGGACCUUGAGAGUGCACUACAAAACUGUGCAUUUACGAGAAAUGCACAAGUGCAAAGUCCCCGGUUGCAAUAUGAUGUUUUCCUCUGUGCGAAGCCGAAAUCGGCACAGUCAGAACCCUAAUCUCCACAAAAACAUUCCCUUCACUUCAGUAGAUUAGUCUCAGAACGGACACUACAAAUGCCAGCUCUCACCAGAUGGCCUACAUAUUUGAACUGCCAUACUCAGUGUGUGCUUGUGUUCUUGGGGGUGUGUGCUUGUGUGUGUGUAUACACAUGUACGCCUCCGUGUCUACAUAUAUACACACACACAGAUUUUCUUUAGAUAUAAAAAGAGAAACACUAGGUGCUUUUGAAAUUUUUUUUCUUUUUCCUUUAUAGUUUUGGGAGGGGGUAGGAUCUUUAAUUUUGGAAUGAAAACGAAGUACCCUUUAAACACAUACACACACACAUAAAGCGUGCGACUAGCCCAAAUUUUGACAGAAUGCUAAUUCUUGGUCCUCUCCAAAGAGACAAUUUGUUGUACCCAUGACUGUUGCCUGCAAAAAUUAAAUAAAUAAAGCAAAAGGGGAAAAAAAGGAAAAAAAAGAAACAAAAAGGACCUUCUUAUAGUUGUCUUUUGUGAACUUUAAGGUUUUUGAGAGAAUCUUCAAUUAAAGCAUGGCAGAUUCACCUGUAAAUAUUUAGCCUUGAGAGGCCACUGAUGUAAAACAAUUGUAUUGAUGGUUGUUUAACUCUUUUGUUUAAGUUUUACAGUUACAUCCAGCUGUUAGAUAUGCAGGAAGAAAAAAAAUAGUUUGCUGGCUAGCUCUGUUCAUUUAUGUUAGCAUUAAUGCACAUUUUUUUUUUUUAAAACAUGGUCUUGUUUUUACUACCUGCUAGAUAUAGUGAUAAAGAGGUGCUGGCAUGCUUUACAGCACAGAUCUGAUUUUUUAAAUGUCCUGUACUAGUACAUAAAUCCAGUCAUGCACUUUUUUUCAUACACUACAAGGGGAUGUGUAAUAUCCAUGCUUCUUUUUUAUCCUUAAACUAUUGCCAUACUUCAAGUAAGUGUCUUUUUAAAAAAAAUUCACUUGUAUAAAAAUGGUCUGGUCAGUAUAGGGCACAAAUGCCAAACAGAAGUAUUAGUGUUAACACAAAACUGCCAACUUUGCACAAGUUUCCAGAAAAGAAAAUACAAUUAGUCACUCAACAUAACCACAGGCCAAUUUGUCAGCCACCAGAAAACCGCUUUAAAAAAAAGCACUUGGUGAUUCUUUCAAGUACCAAGUGUUAUUAGAAUCAACAUUGCAUCUUUCUUGCUUAUAUGUUAAGUCACAUAAAAGGAAAACAAAAUUAUGUGGUGUGAAACAACCAAGGCAUUUAUCCUUUAGAGGCAGGAUAAUAUUUCAGGAUACAAAAGCCCAAAUUACUCACUAUGGAACAAAGUUGAAUACAGCAAAAGAGUUGAACACUCAUUUCCAUGCCCUAACCCUAAUCCUUGAACAAGGAAGACAAGGUCCAGAGUGGGUUGGUCUGUUGUAUGGCUGUUAAUUUGUUGCAAGUUCUGCAGUCGUGCCAUGAUUCAGGCCUGUGUGAUAGACAAAAAUCAAAAGACAUUUAACAGCAGCAGUACUUGGAAUCUUUGAAAACAUGUGCUGAACUUGAAUUGAGCAACACUCCUUUCUGAAAAGCUAGAAAAAGGGGAGUUUAAAAUAGGAUCUCUCUCUGUUUAGUGUUUUGUGUUUCCCCACAUGGAUUUGUCAGAGAGAAAUGAAAGCAAGCCUGCAACCAAGCAAUUGAGAGUGAGAAAGCGGGGGAGACUAUUCUCCAAACCUUUUUUGUUUUGUUUUGUUUCCGAUGUUUACACAUGUUGCCUGAGCUGGUUAACCACAUCGGCAGCCUCAGCUACCACAACAUACUGACUAAAUGAUGAUAUUUACUCAAGUUCAGUCUGCAGCCAGAACCAUUAGGGUGUGCAUCGCAGGCUGAAUCUUCUUGUCUUUUUUUUUUUUUCUUUUUUUCUUUUUUCUUUUUUUUUUUUUUCCUUUUUUUUUUUAAAAUGGAGGGGAGAAAAUGAGAGAUAAACAAGGAAUAUUUUGUCAAACAGUACACAGUAAUUUAAAGAGAAUGUAUUUCUUUUCUGCAUUUAAUGGCCUCAAACAUUUCUCUUGUCAGUCUAAAAUUUGGAAUACCCUUUUGUUUAAUUUUUAUGUUGUUUCCAUUUUUCAUGUUUUAUAAUUUUUCUAUGUUCACAUCAGCAUUCACUUCCGUUAAAUUUGCCAAAGGAAACUGUUAAUGUGUUUCUGUUAUUAUUCCUGUAGGAUUUAUUGUACCUCACAGUAUUUAUUGUUUCCAAAAAUAAGCAUCAUUAGUGGAGGAUUCAGUAUUUUUUAUUUGUGAAAAUUUCAGAAACAAUAGAUUCUUAAAGAUAAGCUAGAGAAUUCUAGGAGCUUUGAUCUUUCAUCUCCUUCAGAGGAUGCCAUGGGGUCCAUUUACUUCUUCAUUGUUCUACAGUGAGGAAAGACCAAAAGUAUUUGCAGUACAAAAGAAACUAUAUUAAACACUAUGUCUGUUAAGUGACAAAUGUUUACGGUAAAAAGCUGAGGAAUUAGUAAUAACCGUUUUUUUGUUUUCUUGUACCUUUGAAUCCCCCAAAGUCUUAAUUGCUUUAUUUUGGUGUUGUGUUAAAUUGAAUAGACAGAGAUGUUUUCCAUUGUUUUAUACCAUAUAAGACUGUACAGUAUGUUUGUGAAAGAUUGAACUAGAAUAAUGAAAGUUUGUUUGCAAACAUUUUGGUCCUCUUAGCGUUCUCUGUAUUGCGCUGUUGCCCCAUUACCAAAUGAUUAGAUUCAAAAAGGUGAGAAAAUGUUUUUAUGAUCCCAACAAAAGAUCAUGGAAACACUGUAUGAUUGGAGUGUGCAUAGACUAAAUUUCAUACGGUUUUAUGAAAAGAACACACUUCAUUUCGCUAGUUUUUAUAAGUUACAGUCCUGGUUGAGAGAUUAGAAUGCAUCUUUUACAAAAUCAAUGUUUAGUCUGUUUAGCUUAACAUCAACUUAAAGGUCAUAAAGCCCUCGUGAGUGAAAUACGUAGCUGUCAGCAGGUCACAUCAGCAAAUGAUCCAGGGUUAGAACUAAUGCCUGUUACUUGCCACAAACCAGGUUAAUGAGUACGGCCAGUUAGAACAAGUCCACAAGUAAUGAAAAUCUCAAGGUAGAAUUUCCUUUGCUCAGAAACGUGAAUAUGUUCACCUGUGUAUUGUCAAACACUAACAAACAAAAAUGUCAGAUGAGUCCUGGACACCCCUUUAAAGUAUCUCCCUAUUUGUUACUACUUUGUGCCUCUAGUACCCAAAACUUUUGGCCUUAUGGUGAAUCACAUUUUUCCAGUAGAAAGCCUGUUUGCUGAAAAUAAGUAAGGGGAGUAAAUGGAAGUGGUACAUAAAAUGUGAAAUAAUGAGAUGUACAAUUCUAGUCCCAAAGUGUUGCUUGUUUUUGGGUGUGUGCCUGAAUCCAGUGUUUUGACUUAACUCUAAAUCUAGUUAAGACUGUGAUCCCAAGGCUUAUUUGCAAAAGGAAAGGAUAAAGAGAUCAACUUUUUAAUCAUUGAGUCCAUUCAUCUUUGCCCAUUUCUACUCAUUUAUUUUUUCAUAUGGUAAAACAAUUUCUCUGUAGCUGCAUCCAUUCUGUACUGACUAAAAACAAAUUCAGAUUUUCAUCCAAACAGCAUUUUCCCAUUUGAUUGAUCUUAACCAGAGUUCUUCUGUCACAGGUACAAAAUCAGGCAGGAUUAUUAAUAAGCAUGUUCAUUAGCUGAUGCUGAAACUUAUUAUUUUGAUCAUUUUAAGCUAUGUUUUUGUAAAUACCAGAAAGGUUUAGUCUGCUCUUAGGGAAUAUCUACAUGUUAAAAGGGAGGACAAAGAGAAAAUUUAAAAAAGAUAAUGGGAUUUUUAACAUGUGAAAAAACUUGACAUUCUUUUCUCUGCUAUUGUAUUGAAAUAGUCAAUCCUAUGUAAUGCAUUUCAGAUCUUAGUUCAGCUACUAGGCUCAACCUGAUGCCUUCUAAAUGUGUUAAUGUUUCCCUUCUCAAAGUGACAAAUAUCUUUUUUGAAAGCAUUUUUAGCACCUUGGUACCACUGUCCGUGUAGUGGGAUUUCAUGGUCAAGAAUCAGGCCCUUCCAAUAAGAGGAGAAAGGCACUUUACUGGUUAACAGUUCUGUUGGUAUACAUUUCUCUAAAAAGAUUUGAAUAUAUCAAGACUGGGCUGUUCCAGAUGCAUUCUCCUCGUUGUACUCAGGAGAAAACCAUGCACUAGGCUCCCACCACAUAAAAUCUGACCUUCUUUCCCCCUUCCUGUGUACACACCCCAGGUGUGUGCCAAGCAAAUGAGAACAGGGAUCCUUAGCAAUCGAAACAUAAAGAAGCCAGUAACGCGACUCAAACGGACAUGCUGCUGACUACUGACAGUGGAACUUAGCAGCCCUAACUUGUACUCGGUCUGUUAGUGUUAGGUUAGCUUGACUAGCAGAGUAAAUAAAAUUCAAUUGUGAUAAGACAUGCUAUAUCUGCUAACAUAAAUAGCCCAGAAGGAACUUUCUUUCAUCCUAUGGACGCUCUGUUCCUUAAGAAGUUUUUAAAAUGAUGACGAAUUUUUAAAAACCACUUGUGUUCCCCCAAACUUGGAGGAUUUAAAUUAGAGGAGCUUGCUUUUCCCUCUCAUUCUUUGUUUGUUAAUUAAUAAGAUUGAAAUGAGCAAGAGAGGCAAAACAGACCAGUGCCAAAAGACUGGCCAGAAUCAGAUUUUUCCAAAGGCAGGUUGAAGAAUACUAUGUAGAAGAUUGGUAUCUGCCCCGGUGUGGGGUAACUAGAGAAGAAAACAGUUAAUGCACUGGAGGUGUUUGUUCAAGAGCAAAGUCUGGGGCAGGUCUUCCUAGCAGUGGGGGAGAAGGUAUGGAUGUAGUGCCCUGCAGAGCUCCCCAGGACCAGGUGCGACGCUGAACCCCAGUCUGAGGCAAGACAAGGAAAAUAAGGACAGCCAUAUGGAAUAGCUGAAGCACAAAUGGGUCAAGAGCCAGGCAGCAAGGGAAGUUGUGGGGUUUUCUUUUUGAGUGGAGGACAGCUGGUGUUCCUUAGAUGGCAAAAAGAACAAAAAAACCUGAGUCACCUAGAUUAGAGAAACGGCCAGUGAUCCAACAGCCCCGAAUCACGAUGAGUGGGGUGGAAUGAACAGGAGCCAGCUUGGAUCAGUUUCCUUUCUCCAUCAUUACUUUGAUGGCCCCCGUCGCUGUGAUUGCAGUGCUCCUUGGCUAAGAAUUCAUAAUCUGAAUGUAAGUUCGUUCACUUUUCUAUGAAGCAUAAAAGUAACUUUUCUGUUUUCGUAUUUUUCCUCCAAGCUAAACCAUGUGUGGUAGUUCUGCUCAUGCUAAUGUUAGGCCACAUCUGUCCCAGACAAAUCGCCUAUUUCCUCUAGUUAGAGAGCAGCUCAACAUGAAUGGGCCUUUUCAGUUAGUAUUAUGUAACGUGAGCUAUAAAAUUGACCAGUGAAUUUAAUCUAUCAGCAUUCUUGUUCAAACACCCAUCCUUUGUGUCCCUCCAUCUUCAUUCUGCCCACAUCUUGCACAAAAUUGAUGUUUACGAUCAUUUGGCAGUAACUGGAUAUCAAACAGCAUCUUUGUGGCAUUUGUUGAAAACUCCAAAUGCCUAAUAAUGGGUUAAAAAAAAACUAAGCAAUUUUAGAAGUACACUGAAUCGAAUCAGCAUUGUUCAUUAUAAUGCUAUAUAUAUUUUUGAAGCAACAUACUAUAGUUGUCGUAAAACUAUCUUUAUUCUUCCCCUCUAAAGUAUUGUAAAUUCAUUUGACCUUUACUGCAAAAAAAAAAAAAAUCUUUUAUAUAGAGUAUCAAGACAAGCCUCAGUUUGUAACAAAUAGUGGGCCAUUACAAAAGUGGAAAGGAAAAAGCCAGGGCUGAGUAGCAAGAAGCUUCAGUUCAAUUUCACCUCAUAUCUUUCUAAUAACUUACUUGUCACUUUAUUACCUUCCAGUAAUGUGAACGCAGCUGACAAGACUGUCACACUAACAGCAGACAACACCCUCUCUGCUUCAGCCCCAGCUCUCCUGGCUACUUAUUGCCCUGGCCCUGAAGGGAAACAAACUAAUAGUGUGCUUUCCAGUUCAGCACUUGGCCAUCAAAUAUAAAAGGAUGCGUAAUUGCCUGUUUAUCCCUUGUGAAGGGGAAAUUGAGUACAAGGACUAAGCUUUCCCACUGAGUUCCCUGAUGUACACACACAUUCACAAUCUCUCUUACCCACCCCAUUCCUCUGUCUUCCUCUCCCUCUCCCCUCCCAACACACACACACACACACACACACACACACACACACACAAACCCCUCCGAAACUGCAUCCCUGGUAAGCCCGAGGCUGCCUCUAGGUGCUCUCUCCAGUUAUUAAGUGGACAGUAACAAGAUGACUUCUUAAAUAAAGGGCCAGUGGAGAAAUGCUGGCUAGGACAGCAUUCUCACGUCUUUGGAAACUUAAGUAUUGCGAUCCCAUGCCAGUUCAUUUUGGGAGUGCUAGAAGUGGCCCUCUAGUUAGAGCAACAUUUCCUGCAAGUCAGUGGUAGAAACAGAUUAGAUUACCCCCUAUUCUGUAAGAAAUGUUUUUCUCCACCUUCAAAAAGUGCACAUUGUAAACAAGUUGCUUGUGCAUGAUCGUUGAAAGGGUUUCUUCUCAUUUUGGCAUCUAACCCAUGGUCUCAAUGUGCACAAGUAUCUCACAAAGACAGCCUGCACAUCCUUAGUGUAUGUAACAGGACCAAUUAACCUUCAUUUUGUUAAACUGGAAUGAAUGACAUUGCGGGGUGGGAGGAGCCAUAGGGAGUUUGACAUUAAAACUGAAACAAGCACUACCCUGUACAUAAAUGGUAAUUCCCACUUUGGGAGAAGUUGGGUAAGUACAAGUGCAGUGAACUUCACAAACUCAAAUGGUGAGGGGACAAAUGGUACACAUUUUCAGCAUUAUAUUCCAAAACACGUAAGCCCAAAUCAUGUGCAGGUACUGGCUGCUAUUUUUGUAUAUAGAGCUACUUAAAUGACUAAAUUAACUAGUCAGUGACUAAAAGAAAUAUGAGAUCUAUUUGUAUGUCUUCCUUAUAGGACUAGGGGCCUCCAUGCGUCCUUCCAAGCCCCCGGCAGCAGAUCCAACAACUCCUUGACCCCACUACGAAUAGUCACCUUUCAAAUGUUUCUCAACCAAGUAAGACACAUAUGGGUGUCAUCUUUGAUGUGAACUUUUGGAAGAGAGAAAAGAACAAAUUUAGAGCUAGACAACAGGUCUAUGUUGGCCAACUUGUGCUAAAUAAUUUCACUAUCCAGUAUAACUGGGAAGAAAAGCACUUUGAGCAAGGAUUCUUGGGGUCAGAGAAAAAGCAGUUGAUUUGAUUUUUUUUAAGUUCCCCCAGUAUAUGUGUGUGUGUAUAUAUAUAUCUCAGUCAUUUAUCAAACAUUUUAAUAGACUCUUUAAUUAAAACUCAGUUGCCAAAAUUGCAUGGUUUCUGCUACUAUUAGCUUUUCCCCUUUAAAUCACAGGGAUAUGUAAGGACAUUUCUAAUGAUUUUUUAAUGCUUUUCUUAAGCUUCUUUUUAAAAAGGAUCUUUGAUGGAGAGGAAGAGCAGAAAAAGGUAUUUUAACAAAAAGGAGAGACGUAGAUAGUAUAAAAAUAUAUUUCUUGAACAGAGAGAGAAUCUAAGUGCUAUACCAAGACUUUAUAAGGCUGCCUGUUGCCAAAUGUGAUGUUGAAGUAAUGCACAACCGAGAUGACAAAUCAAUCCAUUAUUAAGCGGCUCUGCUCACUUCUGUUACGGAAUGCAAGGAUGAGAGGUGACUCUGGGGAGCCACUAGAUGUGUGAGAAAGCUCCACUCAUCUGGCCCUGGAAAUGUUUUCCAAAAGCGGGGGAGAAACCCAGUCCUCUUGGUAGUCCCCCUGCAAGGUGAAUUGAGCUGGCACUGUUUCAGCGGGAGCCUGGUUGCCAGCCUUUUCCAUGCUAGGAGACAAAGCAUCCCCACCCUGCCUGGGAGUCAGUGCUCUAGCGGUGAAAAGCAUUGAUUCAUGAGGUAGGAUGCUCUUGAACUCCCAGACAAAGUGCUGAGUUAAUAGGUUCACUUGAAAUGUAUAAACCAAGGUUGAUUGUUUAUUUUUUUUCAUCUAGUACUCAAUUUGGAGCGUUUUUGCAUGUCUUUGUACAGAGUAAGCCAUCGCUCUCAUUGCCUGUCUUAAUCUCCCCGACUUUUCCAUUAUCUUUCUACUCCCACCAUUUGCUCUACUUCUGAUCUCAACACCCCUUUAAAAACCAAUCUUUUUCUGAAGCAAGAAGGUAGAACACUCCCUCCUUCAUCCUGAUUUUGACCGCUUUGGAAACAUUUGUGUGUUCUACCCUGUCCAGGGUUUACAUAACGUGAAUUAAGUGAAUGAGAUUUUUCUAGUAUUAUAUAUUAACCCGAUAUGACUAUCUAAGAUUUAUAAUAUAUGGUGUGCUCACUUUCCUGUGCAAACUUUGGUUCAGCUGCCCGGAAAAAAAAAAAAAAAAUCUCACCAUUUUCCUACCAGUCCAGUCAGAAAAGGGCAGGAGAGCUGGACGUGAGUACCUGGAGGUCAGAGGGGCAGCAGAGCUUGAGAAACCAGAAAACUUUGGUCGGAGGCCCCGGGGCCUUUCCAACCGAGGUGGAGGCAAGUGAGAGCUCUGGGAAAGAAACCUCUGUGUUCUCUGCUGCUGAUCACGGUCUAUUCCUUCCAGAAUUAGCAAGACCCCGCGUGUGGGUGGGUGAACACUUAAAUUUCUGAUUCACCCAAACCCAAUGGUAUGUGUCUAACACAAACAUUUGACUCAACCUGCGUGUUUUACAGCCAAAGUGGCCAAAGGGAAUUGAAAUAUCUUGAGGAAAAAGAAUUUUCACCAAGAUAUGCCCUCUCCCUCCCCCAGAGUUCGGGGGCUUAUGCUCUUUUUGUUUCUAUUGCUCUCAUCUGCAUCCAAUCAGUCUCUUCUGCUAAGCCUGUCGCAGAACCAAAGUCUGUACCACAAAGGGAGUGGCACCAGGGGCGGGGACAGCUUGCAUCCCUGAUCUAACCAUUGUGAUGUUGGUAGCUUCAUAAAUACUGUAUGUACCUUGAACAAGGAUUUUGUUUCAGUUUUGUUUUGCUUUUCGGUUUGUUUUUAUUAGUAGUCUAAGGGAAUUAAAAAUUUUUAUUUGCUGUUUCCUUUGUUGUAUUUUCUGUACUAUAACUGUCUACAAUAUGUCUUUUGCAUAAAAUGCAUAAGGGUUUGGGGUGUAAAUGGAAUUUUAUUCAUAUUUUGUCCAAAUACCUCUUGUAAUUUGUAUCAAAAUUCUUGUACAAUUUUUAUAUUAAAGAUUUAUCAGUCACUGAUCUCUUCUUACCUUCUUGAUUUGAAGAAGCUCCACAAACUCCAGUGGGCCUU